AUGCCAAGACCAAAGGCUUUUCUCAAAGAAUCCAAGUCAAAGAAAAAGAGCGCCGCGAGGCAGCUGCCCGUAACAGCCGAUGACUAUCUCGCAGCGGGCGUUGAGCUCGAAGAAGCCGGCGAGAAAUGGCGCGCCGGAGACGCGGCCAAGUCGAUGCGCUUCUUUAUGAAAGCCAUUGCCAACUAUGAUGAAGGGCUGCAGAAACACCCGGCUGCUUUUGACCUGGCCUACAACAAAGCCCGCAUCCAAUACGAAAUCACCCAGCACCCCAAACUAGCAGCGCAACUGCCCGCUCCGCAGGCUGAGAUCCUGGAAGUAGCGCUGCAGUCGCACCGAGAUGCGCUGUACCUGGAACAGGACAAUGCCGACGCCUUAUUCAACAGCGGCCAGGUGCUGAACAGCCUGGCCGAGGCCCUGAUAGACUCAAAGCAUCCUAGCGAGGAGCAGCUAGUGCAGGCGAGCACGUACUUGCAGGAAGCGGUUGAGUUGUUCCAGCGGUGUCUAGCGCUGCAGGAAAUGAAAUUCACCGAGAUGGAGGAGCAGCUCAUGCAGAUGGAGUCUGGGGAGUUGGAUUCCCAAGGACCGGAGUCAGAGGCUGUGGCCGCACCAGCAGAGUCGCAGGCAGCUGAGAGCGAGUCUGUGGAUAGCGAACCGCAGGAGCAGUGGGCUGCUAUUGUUGAGCCGGUGACGAAGAACACGCUGGUCGACUCGGCCGUAGCACAGUUGGACACCUUGACGGCAUUGUGCAAUUUAUUGACGUUCAACCCUGGCGCUGGCGGAGUGGGCUGGGUGCAGGAAUAUUCCUCCGAGCUGAUCGAGACACGACUGCCAGCCUAUGUGGAGGGAUCAGAUAGGCAAUAUGAAGCGGGAUUAGCGCGGGCAAAAUUCAUCUGCGUGCUACACGACGUCCUCUACCGGGGUGGCCACACCGAUGCCCGGACAUACCAGCAAGAGCUCGGGCGGGCAUUUGGACCCGAGCUUGACGUAUCGAAUGAUCCAGAGGGACUAUGCAACAAGGCCGAAGCGCUGACCUCGCUGAAUGGGGCUUUCGCAGAUGUACCACCGGCCGAGGAUGCCGAAACCUUCAAGUUCUGCUGUGAUGUGCGAUGGCAAGCACUCUCCACCGCGCUGGACGCGUUGACAGCCGCGUCGAAGCUGCCCAGCGCCGACAAUUUGCCCAAGAUCCAUCUCGCACGCGGCGAUGCAGAAAUGCAGCGCUGGCGACUGGGUAGGACACCCUGGAACCAUGCCAUGGCGGCGCAAAACGGGGCCACGCUUCUGCGUAAUGCGCAGACAUACUACCGCGGAGCAGCGGCACUAGCUCAUCGAGAUGGAGAGGCCGAGGCCGAACGCGAUGGAUCAUUCAAGGAGGCCAUUGCUGCUGCGCUGGCGGGCCAGAGAACCAAGCUGGAUCAAAUCAAGGCGAGCUCCCUGGAGCAGUUGAUCACGGUAGCCCAGGACAUGGUGGAGGACGGAAUGGUGGAAGCCACCGACAUGAGCGCCCUGAUCUCGUGA